UAGGUACUACUAGGUAUGUAUUUGUUUAAAAAUACCAUCCUUCCCUUGCGACCAGCUCCUCCACCCCCUCAUCACCUUUUUCCAGCUUUCCGGAAUAUUCCCAAGAAAGUCAUUGACAGCUCAAAGGAUUAGCUCAUUUCGAACAGAUACAACGCAAUAUGGCUCUCAUAUCGGAUGGUAGCCGAGCUCACGAGACUGGCGUUGACACGGCUGUUCUCCUAGUGGUUGGAACUGGAGGAUUUACCCAUGCAGCUCCUGUCCUUGAAUUGGGUCGAAUCUUAGCCGCCCGCGGUCAUCGCGUAGCUUUCGCAACCCACAAGGGACAGGAAAAAUGGGUCAAGAACGCCUCGUAUUCUUUCAUAUCGGAUGUCUACACCAUGGGCCCUCCUAUGGAUCCAGACAUUGAGGCGGCACACUAUCUCCAGAUGCAAACUUCUGAUAUUAGAAAGGAUUACAGAGACUACUUCCGCCCAAAGUUCAAUGUGGAUGCCUUCUGGGCCUCCGAUUACUCCUUCCUAAAGGACAUCUGCCAGGUUUUCAAGCCUGACAUGAUUGUAGCUGAUUUCUUCCUCGACUCAGCUGUCAGGGAUAUCAAGCACCAGACUGGUAUUCCUAUCGCCACGGUCUGGCCUCAGAUGCCGUACGCCAUGGUUGGGGCAUCCUAUAUCCCAGGACUUCCUGGCUUUCAGGUAGAUGCACUAACUAGUGAACAUGCUUCCUUGUGGACGAGGGUCCGUGCCGCAUUACGUCCUCUGCGGGCCGUCUCGGCCGUUGUUCCAUACCUCAAGUUCGUACGAGACAUGCGCCGGAGGGCUGGACUCAACUACAGUCUGCCCAUCUUGAAAAAGCCUGACUAUCUUGUACUAGUCAAUUCUUUUUUUGGACUGGAAACUCCUAAGGACCUACCCCCACUUGUCGCCCCUAUUGGCCCCAUCUUAUCGGAAGAGUACCAAGCCCUUGAUACCCCUCUCGAGGAAUUCUAUGCGGAUCGUCACCGAGUGAUUUACGUCUCGUUUGGAACGCAUAUUCAAGUGCCUUCUCGAGAUCUUGAAAAGUUUGUUAGUGCCUUCGCAAACCUUCUUCACGAAGGGCUCAUAGAUGGUAUCAUAUGGUCGGCAGAUAACACACAACGUGCCAUAUUCAACCGCGAUCAGGCAGUUCCCCAUACCGAUAUCCUUGCGGGAGAUCUCCUAGAUGGCCUGAACCCUAGUUGGCUCUUCAUGACUUUCGCACCUCAACGGGCUAUCCUUGCACGCAAGGAAACCGUUUUGUUUGUGACUCACGGAGGAGGAAGUAGUGUAAACGAGGCUGUGUUUCACGAGACUCCCAUGUUGAGCCUAGGAUUCUUCUUUGACCAGCCGCUCAACGGAUUGCGCAUCCUAGAGGCAGGGGUGGGGCUGAAGCUGGAUAAGGCUGGAUUCACAGAGAUGGAAAUCCUAGAAAAGUCGCGCGUCUUGCUACAAGACAAUAAUGGGACGAUUGGGCAGGACGUACAGCGCAUGGCCCAUAUUGCUCGCGUAUGCAGCCGAAAGAAGGAGUUUGGAGUAGACUUGAUCGAAGAGGUGUUGUAUGACCAUCGCUUCAGCUUGAUCCCACCUGGGGCCACAGCUAGCGAAAGUAUGCACAGGCGACGCCCGAUGCACCUGCAGACUGCAGAUGCGAGGAUGUCUGCCUGGCGGGUCCAGAACUGGGAUCUCGCGUGUCUCGCAGUGACUUCGGCUGCAACGGUUGGAUAUGUCGGGUGGACGGUAGCAAAGAUAAUUCGCGCACGAGUUUAGGAUAUUUUCUGCCUGGGUAUUACAUUACGUACAUCAUUCCAUAGCUCAAUAUUGCAACUAUUACCUAUUACCUAUCUAGUAGCUGAUUAUACCGAGAUAG